UCAUGCAAGUGUAACUCCAGAGAAGCAGAACAACUUCCACAGCAGCUUUGAAUCACCUGAGGCGUUUCUUGAUUAACAAAGAUUGUGUCCACACCCCAAGAUGAAGACAGGAACGAUAAGUUUCCUGGUUUCAGCGGCUUGGCUUCUCAUUCAGGCAGGUCUGGCAGAAGAUGUUGACAACAUGCAGAGGAAUGCAACUGAGAAACCCAUCCGUCAGUCCCAGACGCUGUGCGACGGUGAGCGGGAGUAUGUCUGCAAGAGGAAACAAAUAGUUCUGGAGUCCCUCAACAGUUUGGGAAUCAACUGUACUGAAGACACGGUUCCCCACAUCGCCCUGCUGGCGUCGGGCGGAGGUCAGAGGGCGGCAGUGGGUCUGGUGGGCUCCCUCAGUCAGAUGGAAAAGGACAAUCUGCUGGACACCCUGCUGUACCUGGCGUCGGUUUCUGGCUCAACAUGGUCCAUGGCCAACGUGUACAGUGACCCACAGUGGAGCUCCAACGUGGACGAAGCGGUUUCCAAGCUGUCGGGUGAUGGCGUCGAGCUGGAGGAGGCUCUGGCCUGGUUGAGCGCCAGGGCAAAAGAGGAGUACUUCUCUCUCACGGAUGUCUGGGCGGUCUUAACCUCUGCUGGCAUCAUGAAACAGAUGGACCUGCGACGUCUCUCAGAUGAGGCCGACAGGAACGCCACCAACCCUUACCCCGUCUACUGUGCCAUAGAGAAGCACUGCUUCUCCAAUGGGCCUACAGAAGGGAAAUGGUUCGAGGUGACCCCUCAUGAGGCCGGAUUCACUGAGCUGGGUGUCUUUGUUGAAACGUCUCUCCUGGGCAGCAUAUUCCAGAGCGGGAAGCUGCUGGAGAAGAAGCCGGAGAUGGACAUGGUCAAACUGCAAGGUGUUUUAGGAUCUGCGUUGGCUGAUGAGGACACUGCCAGAGAUGUCAUGCCUGCCUGGCUGACUGACUUUAUAGACGAUGCUGCUCAGGAGUACCUGCUUGUGUACAACGUCCUCAAUAAACUGACAUUCCUGACCAGAGGCACCGUUAAAGAUCCCCUUGCUCACACUGACCUGGACAACCUGCAGAAAAUACUAAAGGACAUGGUAAAUUAUAAUCAGUCCACGCUGUUGCGUUCGAGGAGUUCAGAGGAAAGGAAGGAUGUUUUUAAGCAGCUGCAACUGGAGAUGCAUUCGGCAGUACAGAACUGGAGCCUGGCUCUUCUGGACGGACCUUUCAAAAGACAAGUGAGUGCCCUGAUAAAAGAAGUCAUUCCCCUGAUUGCUCAGUGGGAGUGGGGAACAACCAGGAACUUCCUCUAUAAAUACGAAGAACCCUCUAUUCCAACUUGCCUCCACAACAAAGAAAAGCUCCACCUGAUAGACGCCGGACUGCUCAUCAACGUGGGCUACCCUUCAUUCCUGGGCGACAAGAGAGACAUCGACCUCAUCAUUGUGCCAGAGUACAGCGGCGGGAAGAUGUUUGAGACUCUGACUCUUGCGAGAGAUUACGCAGCCGAGUUGAAGAAGCCUUUCCCAGAGAUAAACGACACCAUCGUCCAGAGGGACAGAGAGUGGCCAAAAGACUGCUACGUGUUCGAGGGAGGAGAGGAGGCGCCCACGAUCGUCUACAUGCCGCUCUUCAACAGACAAAACUGCAAAGAUGCCGAGGAGUACCAAGCAAGGAAGGAAGAGUACGCCACCUUCCAGCUUCCCUACAACCAGGAGAAGAUUGACUUUGUGUUGGAGACGGCGAAAGCCAACAUGAAGAACAACAAGGAUAAGCUGCUGAGUGAGAUGCAGAAGGCUGCUCUCCGCCGACAGAACAAGAAGAAGUCUGUGGUCCAGCAGAAGCUUCAGUCUUGUUUUUCUGGUUUACUGUGAUUCAGCCGUGGCUUCCUUAGCCAGACGCUAUCCUCGCUUUACAUCAUCGCACGCUAUCGCAGGAACAUGACUUAUGCACAUCAUGUAUUUACAGCCCGUCUGUUGACAUUCUGAUGUCUAAUUGUUGCUUUGAAUGAAAGCUUUAUGUUAAACUGCCAAAGGUAUAUAGACACCUCUUUACUCAGGGCUUUCAUGUUUUUAGAAAUUAGCCUGAACAAUCAUUGAAAUAUAUUAAAAAAAGGACACAAGGAGCUAUGAUGUGGAGAUUUCUCAGACAUUAGGGAGCAUGAUUGUUUAGUAGCAGCAAAAAUCCUCAUUUUUAGAAUUCUUUUGAGUGGAAAAGAAAAAACCAAACACAUGUUGACUACAAUUGUAACUCAUACUGCAAUAUGAGUCAAAACAAUCUGCUUUUUUGAGCAUCCCUGCCUAAAAAUCGUGCUUCUGAUUAAUGUAAAUCUCCAUGUCCAGCAAUGCAAUGUGCCUAUUUCACAGUGACGGUACCCAAACACCAGCUCUAUACAGAUGUAAUUUGCCCACUUCGAGGUGGAAGAACUCGAAACCCAUCGAACAUGCCGGGGUUGAAAUGAAACAACAGAAACAAACAUUAUUCCCUCGUAAACAUUUUAGUAAUUUCCAAGCUGCAUAAUCUGUUUAGCAGCAAUUUAUAGUCGGAAGUCAUCUGCAGCUUGAGAACACAAUGAAGGCUUUCCUUUAAAAUGAUGCUACCUCUGUAUAAUCAGUGUGACAUUUUAGUUUGAAAUCAGAUUAUCAGGCUAACCGGCUGUUGACGUCCGACGUGAACAAAUCUGCUGAGUCAUGCAAGUCCUUCACUAUUCAGCACAUAUGAGGGUCAAGAGUAUGUGUGAGAUCGAGCAUCAGCAUCAGCCAAGUCGAGUUUUUUUGUGAAUGGUAAUAAGUUUGUAAAUCUGUUUAAAGUUACAUAUUGUUCCAUUAGAGAGUGAGAGAAUGUGAAAGCUUGUGUCAUAUCAGGGUAGCAGUAUAUGUAUCAGACUUAAAAUGCAUUUAACCUGCAAAAAUACUAUCAGAAAAGAGACAGCCUCCGUUUUUUUUUUUUGGCCAGCGCUAACCUUAAUCCUUGCUAUUUUUGGUUCAUGCACUGUGCAGCAGUGCAAACUGCAAAAGAGCUGCAGAAAGUGGAAAGUACAUCAGUAGAUCCAUCCCAUCAUACCUCUGAAGCAACUAAACCAAUGACAAUGAGGCAUGAUAACAACAGUGCAACGACAAGAAAAAAAAAGAAGAAUCUGCCUCUCCAGGCACUUCUGCUGUAGUCUGUUGAAGCAGUUUAUCUGAUUACAUCAGUCCGACGCCGGCUCAGUCGCCGUCCUCUGUUGUUUUAUGCUGUAAAUGGUUGCAUCAUGUGUGACAGCAUAAUCUUUUUGUUUGCAUUGCAGCUCAAGAAUAAAACAUGAAACUUUU